AUGGGAGCUCGGAUUGAGAUAGCGCAUGCGCACUAUGGAGGAAAGAGGGCGGACCCCAUCUUAAGACGCGCCGCCAUUUUGGAUCCGCCGCCGCUCCCUGAGGUGAUGCCAGACCCACCCAAAGCCCCCCCAGAUUCGGGGUCUCUUCAGGAGCUGCGGAAGGCUCUGGAAGGUUCCCUGAGGCUGCGGCCGGCGCUGGCCGAGCCCCCGGAGCUGCUCCCGCUGCUGCGGCUGCCGCUGCCCCCCCAGGGGAAACUCGCCGUCGUCCCGGGGACACAAAUCCUCAGGGAAAACCUGGCCUGGGAUCCCCGGGGCCCCCCGCGGGGGCUGCCGCGUCUGCGGCGCGCGCUGCACGUCCUGGAGAAAUACGGCCGCAACCUGCUCGGCCCCCGGCCCCCGCCCCACUGGAGGGACCUGCGCUUCGGCAACCCCGUCUACAGAUCCGCCCUGGCCCACAUCCAG